AUGGCACCGCCUCUCGAACUGUCCAUACCCAGCACGAUUCUCUCGAGCGCUCCAAAUGAAAAACCCUACACGCUCUACAACAUCACAUUACGUCUCCCUCUUCGAACCUUCGUCGUCCAGAAGCGCUACUCCGACUUCGUGACUCUCCAUUCGGCGCUCUGCGCCCAAGUUUCCGAUGCUCCUCCUUCCCCCCUUCCCGCCAAAACAUGGUUCAAAAGCACCGUCAACUCUCCUGAAUUAACAGAAGAUCGUCGUCGCGGUCUCGAAACAUAUCUCCGUAGCAUUGCCGAAAAUCCCGAUCGUCGAUGGAGAGAAACGAGCAUUUGGCGACAAUUUUUAAAUCUGCCUAGUAAUAGUGGGAAUGGAAGUUUGAGUAGUGCGAGAGAGGGACUCAUUGCUGCGAAUCAGAGAGGUGUGGGUGGUAAUGCCGAGAUCAUGGCUGAUCCACAGGUUUGGUUGGAUGUUCAUCGCGAAUUGAAGGCGCAGUUGCAUGAUGCGAGAUUGUUUUUGGGGAGGAGGGAUGGUGCGAAUACCGCGGCUGGUCAGUAUGAGGCGGGCGCCAAUGCGAAGAGGUGUUUGGUGAAGGCUGGGGGGUUACUUAAGGAUUUGGAAGAUGGGUUGAAGGUUAUGGGGGAGGGGGAGAAGAAUGGGAGAGGGGAGGCAAGGGUUGGUGCAGGUGAAUUGAGGAGGAGGAGAGAUUUGUUGGGGAGUGCGAAGGUAGAAAAGGAGGGGUUGGAAAAAUUGGCCGUUACAUUGGCGAUUAAAAAUCAAGCAAGUUCGAGUUCUGGAAAUGGUAAUGCGGCGGCCACUCAAGCAGAUAAAAGCGCAUUAUUUGGACCAGGAGUAUCCCGACCCAGUGGAAGAGUUCUCGGCGCACCGGUUCCUGAAACGGAUAAAACGAGAGAAUUGGACAAUGAGGGCGUAUUACAAUUACAAAAGGAAAUGAUGCAGAAUCAGGAUAUGGAUGUGGAAGAACUAGCCAAGAUUGUGAGAAGACAGAAAGAAAUGGGAUUAGCUAUUCAUGGAGAAUUGGAAUUGCAGAAUGAGAUGUUGAAGAGAGUGGAUGAGGAUGCUGAUAGAGUUAAAGGAAAAAUUAAUAUUGCAAAGAAGAGACUUGGAAAGAUUCGUUAG